AUGUCCACGCCUACGUCAAGCGCCAGCUCUCCCGACUUCUUCAAUGCCAACGCCGUCCUCUUGGUCCGCAUCCCCCGCCGCGCCAACUCCGUUCGACACCUCCUCCAUCUUCUUCGUCUACAUUCCACAUCCACAAGUAACAGUUCUUCUCCCGACUUCAUCAACGUUCGCUCCAAUUCUGUCUCCACAUCCACAUCCACAUCCACAUCCACGACCACGACCCCAAGCACCAGCUCUACUCCAAUAUGCACACCCACCACCCAUCGCGUCGGCCGCCCGAUCCAGGAUAGCGGCUUCAAGCCAGCCUCCCUAUCACCCCGGACUAUUACAUCCACUAUCAACACCACAGCUAAGCUUCUCUCCAGCUCCACAUAUGGCGGUUGCUCUGCCAUAGACUUUACACGCAACGCCACGUUCUCAACGAGCACCGACGUCACGACUAUAAGGGACGGCAUCUAUUUCUAG